UGAAAGAAAGUUGAUGUGAAAUUGUGUUAAUAUCUGCUGAAUUCUUGAGUCCUUAUCAAUUGUAAAAUAUAUAGCUACCAUUAAAACAUGUGUUUUUAAUAGUUUUUGUCUUAUGUCAAGUAUGUUGGUCCAAUGGCAAAUGAUUGAUUGAACACUCGUUCAAAAUAUAAAAAAUACAAAAAUAAUGCAGGAUCAACAAAAGAAAGGGCAUAAAUGUCCACACGAAGGCUGUAAUGCUACAUUUAGUAGACCAUAUAGAGUGACUGAUCACUUAUAUGCUGUACACACUAAUUUGAGGGCUUAUGAAUGCAAAGAAGAGGGUUGUUCAAAAUCAUAUUCCAAUAAAAGUCAUCUGAUCAGACAUAUAAAUACAGUACAUAAACAUAUCCAGAAUGAUGUCCUGUACAGCUGCCCUAUUUGUUUGAAAACAUUUGUCAAUCGACAAAAUUUAAAAAGACAUGUUAAAAUUCAACAUCUGCUCAAAGAUUAUUUCAUAUGUGAUAUUUGUAAAAUUAACUUCAAAAAGAAAAACCAAUUAAGGGCACACAUGUACCAACACACUGGAAUAAAAUCAUUUGUCUGUGGGAUAUGUCCAGAUAAAGCUUUUGUCACACUAUAUGAUAAGAAACGACACUUGAGAUGUCAUAAAAAAUAUGACUGUGUUGAAUGCCAGUUGCAGUUUAAUGUUUGGUCUCAAUACCAAAAACAUAGAAAACUGGUGCAUGAAGUAGCAGAAUACAUUUGUAAUGAAUGUAAGAGGAGCUUUAAGAAAAGAAGUCAUAUUGUACAUCAUGUCAAAAUACACAGUCCGUCACAUAUGAGCACAUUGUACAAAUGUCCAUAUGAAAACUGUCCAAGACUUUAUACCAGAAAUAGUAAUCUCAGGCAGCAUAUUCUGAUUAAACAUGUAACUCUUACACAUGAGUGUGUAUUGUGUAAGGCUCAGUUGUCAUCAAAGGCUUGUUUAAAAAAGCACAUGAAAAUACAUGAACAGCCUCCAAAAGAACCAUCACCACGGAAAACGAAAGCUACUGGACGAAAGGAGAGAAAAGACAAAGGAAUACCAAGAUCAAUAACAGCUCUCAAACUAGCAGGCUGUGAAGUUAUUAUAGAAGAAACCGAUGAAGAAUUCAUUACUCCAGAUAUAAGAAUCAUUAACCUGUAGUACUCAUGUACCAACCGCAUUGCACAACCAGUAAUGCUACAGGUACAUUCUUGUCCCC